ACUGUGAGUUGUUUGUGUUUGUGACUGGGAUCAAAUCCAAAUCAAUAUGAAAAAUGUCUGAAAUUUAGCGUUUUGGAUGUAAAAUUAUUAUUGGGAUACAAAAAAUCAAGUACAAUCACAUGGAAGUAAAACAAGAAAUUAGCGAGGAAACCUGUAAAGUAGAAAUCGAGUGUAAUGAAUUGGGUGAUGCUCUUUGGGAUAACUUUAAAUGUGAAAUUCAGGAGGAAUCUAGUAGGCAAAAUAUACUUGACACAUGUGAUUAUUUAGACUUUAAAAAAUGUCCCGUAAAUACUGAAAUAGAACAACAUGGAAAUAACAUUAACCCACUUGAAGAAAACCAAAAAACUGAAAAAGGUUCUCUACAAGACAAACACAAAAUGGAAAUUACGGAGACCCUAAUUAAUGAUUCAGCAUACAAAGGAAAUUAUAUGAGUCAACACUCCGAACAAAGAACAUUAAAUAAAAAUAUGAAAGUUGCGACUGGACAAAGACCUUACAAAUGCGAAAUUUGUUUUAAACAGUUUUCUCAAAAAUGUUAUUUGAAAAGACAUUUGCCAGUGCACACUGGAGAAAAAUCUUACAAGUGUGAAAUUUGUUUUAAGCAGUUUUCUCAUGCAAAUUCUUUGAAACGACAUUUCAGAGUGCACACUGGAGAAAAAUCUUUCGAGUGUGAAAUUUGUUUUAAGCAGUUUUCUCGGAGGUGUCAUUUGAAAUCACAUUUGAGAGUGCACACUGGAGAAAAAUCUUAUAAGUGUUAUAAGUGUGAAAUUUGUUUUAAGCAAUUUUCUCAUGCAAAUUCUUUGAAACUACAUUUCAGAGUGCACACCGGAGAAAAAUCUUAUAAGUGUGAAAUUUGUUUUAAGCAAUUUAGUUACGCAAGUAGUUUGAAAAAACAUUUGAGAGUCCACACUGGGGAAAAAUGUUACAAGUGUGAAAUUUGUUUUAAGCAGUUUUCUCUGGCAGAUACUUUGAAAAUACAUUUGAGGAUGCACACUGGAGAAAAACCUUACAAGUGUGAAAUUUGUUUUAAGCAGUUUUCUCAGAGGUCUCAUUUGAAAUUACAUUUGAGAGUGCACACUGGAGAAAAAUCUUUCAAGUGUGAAAUUUGUUUUAAGCAAUUUAGUUACGCAAGUAGUUUGAAAAAACAUUUGAGAGUCCACACUGGGGAAAAAUGUUACAAGUGUGAAAUUUGUUUUAAGCAAUUUAGUAGAGCAAGUAAUUUGAAAACACAUUUGAGAGUGCACACUGGAGAAAAAUCUUACAAGUGUGAAAUUUGUUUUAAGCAGUUUUCUCUGGAGUGUCGUUUGAAAUCACAUUUGAGAGUGCACAGUGGAGAAAAAUGUUACAAGUGUGAAAUUUGUUUUAAGCAAUUUAGUAGAGCAAGUAAUUUGAAAACACAUUUGCCAGUGCACACUGGAGAAAAAUCUUACAAGUGUGAAAUUUGUUUUAAACAAUUUAGUCAAGUAGGUAAUUUGAAAACACAUUUGAGAGUGCACACUGGAGAAAAAUCUUAUAAGUGUGAAAUUUGUUUUAAGCAGUUUUUUCAUGCAAAUUCUUUGAAACGCCAUUUCAGAUUGCACACUGGAGAAAAAUCUUACGAGUGUGAAAUUUGUUUUAAGCAGUUUUCUCAGAGGUAUCAUUUGAAAUCACAUUUGAGAGUGCACACUGGAGAAAAAUCUUAUAAGUGUUAUAAGUGUGAAAUUUGUUUUAAGCAGUUUUCUCAUGCAAAUUCUUUGAAACUACAUUUCAGAGUGCACACCGGAGAAAAAUCUUAUAAGUGUGAAAUUUGUUUUAAGCAGUUUUCUCUGGCAGAUACUUUGAAAAUACAUUUGAGGAUGCACACUGGAGAAAAACCUUACAAGUGUGAAAUAUGUUUUAAGCAGUUUUCUCAGGGGUGUCAUGUGAAAUCACAUUUGAGAGUGCACACUGGAGAAAAAUCUUUUAAGUGUGAAAUUUGUUUUAAGCAAUUUAGUUACGCAAGUAAUUUGAAAAAACAUUUGAGAGUCCACACUGGGGAAAAAUCUUACAAGUGUGAAAUUUGUUUUAAGCAAUUUAGUCAAUCAAAUAAUUUGAAAACACAUUUGAGAGUGCACACUGGAGGAGUGUGAAAUUUGCUUUAAGCUGUUUUCUCACAAAAAGAUAUUUGAAAGUGCACAGUGAAGAAAAACAAAUGCGAUAUUUGCGUUCAGCAGUUUUAUAAUAUUUUUAAUGAUUAUUAUUAUGUAAUAAUUAUUAAAUAAUUUGACUUAACAUAUGAUUCAAAACAACAUACAAGAUGCAAGCCAAUUCUUAAUUCUUGCAGUUUCCAAUUUACUUCAGUCAAAUCUUUAGUAUAAUUGGCCAUUAGAGACGGCACAGAAAGAAAAGGAAAUUUGGUUGUUUGAGUAGUACCUAUUAUAUAAAUCAAAAUUAACUUUUCUGAGUGUUUGUGGCAGAUAGAUUUCAGAACUUUCAAUCUAAGAAGCGCAGUCAAGUGGGAGGCUAUUUUGUAAUAUAAUAUAAUGUCAAAUUAUGAUAGAUACAUGUAUAAACUAUGUAUUCAUCAUCUUUUCCUUUUAUUGUUAUGAUUGUCGUUUUGUGAAUUAAAACACUUAUUCUUUGUUUG